UUUAGAAUUCAAUUCAUACAUCACUUGUUAUCAGCGUCUUUUGAUCCACUUCCCAUCCCUAUCAUUUCCUCUGCAAACCCUAUCACUUGUUAUCAUUUCCUUCUUUCUUCUCAUCGAUUCAGUUCGAUUUAGUCCAUAAUAAUAGAUGGCGAGGAAGAUGCUUAUCGAUGGAGAAAUUACUCAAACUAAUGAAGAGGAGGCUCACUAUGACUUCGACUUGUUCGUUAUUGGCGCUGGAAGUGGCGGUGUUCGUGCCUCUAGAUUUUCAGCUAAUUAUGGAGCUAAGGUUGGGAUAUGUGAGCUUCCGUUUCAUCCGAUCAGCUCGGAAGUAAUUGGAGGAGUUGGUGGAACAUGUGUUAUUCGUGGUUGUGUUCCGAAAAAGAUUUUGGUGUAUGGAGCAUCUCUUGGAGGUGAAAUUGAGGAUGCCAGGAGUUAUGGAUGGGAGGUGAAUGAGAAAGUUGACUUCAACUGGCAGAAACUUUUGCAUAAGAAGACAGACGAAAUACUUCGAUUGAAUGGAAUAUACAAGCGCUUGUUGACAAAUGCUGGAGUUAAAUUAUUUGAAGGAGAGGGAAAGCUAGUUGGUCCUAAUGAAGUUGAGGUUACCCAGCUGGAUGGCACAAAAUUGAGUUACUCGGCGAAGCAUAUCUUGAUUGCAACUGGCAGUAGGGCUCAACGCCCUGCAAUUCCUGGCCAGGAAUUUGCUAUAACUUCUGAUGAGGCGCUGAGUUUAGAGGAAUUCCCUAAGCAUGCUGUGGUGCUUGGAGGAGGGUACAUUGCUGUUGAAUUUGCUUCAAUAUGGCGCGGGAUGGGUGCUACUGUGGAACUAUUGUUUAGAAAAGAACUCCCCCUGAGAGGUUUUGAUGAUGAAAUGAGGGCAGUGGUAGCAAGAAAUAUGGAGGGCAGGGGAGUUAACUUACACCCAAGGACCACCAUAACAGAGGUGAUAAAAACAGAGGAUGGUGUAAAAGUUACUACUGAUCAUGGUGAAGAAAUAACAGCGGAUGUUGUAUUGUUUGCCACCGGUCGAGCUCCCAACACAAAAAGGUUGAAUUUGGAAGCUGUUGGUGUGGAACUUGAUAAGACAGGAGCUGUAAAGGUGGACGAGUACUCGCGCACCAAUAUACCUAACAUAUGGGCUGUUGGAGAUGUUACAAAUCGGAUCAAUCUCACUCCUGUGGCCUUAAUGGAAGGAACAUAUUUUGCCAAAACUGUUUUCGGUGGGCAACCCAGCAAACCAGAUUACAGAGAUGUACCCUGUGCAGUAUUUGCCAUACCACCUCUUUCUGUUGUGGGCCUGAGUGAAGAACAGGCAAUAGAGCAAGCUAAUGGUGAUAUUUCAGUCUUCACGUCAACCUUCAAUCCUUUGAAGAACACUAUCUCUGGACGUCAAGAAAAGUCAGUUAUGAAGCUUGUCGUUGAUGCUGAGACAGAUAAAGUUCUUGGGGCAUCCAUGUGUGGGCCAGAUGCGCCUGAAAUUAUGCAGGGCAUUGCUGUUGCACUGAAGUGUGGAGCAACCAAGGCACAGCUUGACAGCACGGUCGGAAUUCACCCUUCUGCUGCUGAGGAAUUCGUGACCAUGCGAACAGAGACGAGGCGUGUAUCUGGCAGUGGCAAACCGAAAACAAAUCUGUAAAAUUUGAGAUAAGACUGAAAAGAAAAGAGUGGUAUAAGAAGUGAGAAGAAGGGGCGAUCUCAUCGUUUUAGCUUUGCCGUUUCACCUUUCACCGUAGCGAAGCAUGCACCAUCAGAGAAGCUAAAUUGAGAUUUGGUUGAUUUUCUUUGCUAUAAAAAUUCUCUCACAUAUUACAGUUAAGGCAGUGCUUUGAUGAUAUGCGGGCAUAUCGUUGUUUAUCUUAUCAAAUUGUCUGGAAUUUCAACUUUAUAUUUACAUAUAAUAGUUGCAAAAUUGUUUUCUGUUUUUCUGGGCUUGAGCCGUAUAUUUGGUUUUAGGAUUUGCAAUUUAUUGAAACACUAUCGAAGUAAUAAAUGGCCAAGUAUAGACUAGUUAAAUGUCA